AUGGGUCAAGGCUACUCCAUCACAACCCUGUCCGCGGGGUCGGCAGGGAUAGAUGUUCCCGAACUUUCGGACCUGGUGUAUGAGAGGUCCAUGGGCGGUGGCCGGUUUAUGAAGAGCAUCCGCGCCAGGCAGCAGAAUGGCCUUGUAUUCGUCAAGGUGAUCAUGAAGCCAUAUCCGACAAUGGAGUUGGAGAGUUAUGUGAAAGCUAUCGCUCGGGAACGCAAGCUCUUGACUGAUGUGCCAAAUGCGUUGAGCUAUGAGCGAAUACUGGAAACCGGUAAUGGUGGUUAUCUGGUUCGCCAAUAUGUCCACAGCUCUCUAUAUGAUCGUAUGAGUACACGGCCAUUCCUCGAAGACAUCGAGAAGAAAUGGAUCGCAUUUCAACUGUUGUGCGCUUUGCGUGAUUGUCAUUCUUUGGAUGUCUUCCACGGUGAUAUUAAAACCGAGAACAUCUUGGUCACUUCAUGGAAUUGGCUCUACCUUUCUGAUUUUUCUUCCUCGUUCAAGCCAACUUUCCUCCCCGAAGAUAACCCUGCCGACUUUUCUUUUUUCUUUGAUAUAUCAGGCCGACGAACAUGCUAUCUGGCCCCUGAAAGGUUUCUUGAGGCUGGAGAAGAGGAAGGUAGCCGCAAUGUUAACUGGGCAAUGGACAUUUUCAGUGCCGGCUGCGUCAUUGCAGAGCUCUUUCUUGAGUCGCCCAUCUUCACUCUCAGCCAAAUGUACAAAUACCGCAAGGGUGAAUACAGCCCAGAGUUGAGUCAGUUGAUGAAAAUUGAGGACCCGGACAUCCGAGAACUCAUUCUACAUAUGAUUCAACUGGAUCCAGAGUCUCGAUAUUCUGCCGAUGAAUAUCUAAACUUCUGGAAAAAUAAAGCUUUUCCCGAAUACUUUUACAGCUUCCUUCACCAAUACAUGUCUCUCAUGACCGACCCAUCAUCAGGAAGGAACAAGGUGGAUGCCGAAUCGACCAAUCGGGGGGAAACUGAUGACCGGAUAGAAAGGGUUUGUCUUGACUUUGACAAAAUAUCCUACUUUCUUGGUCCUGCGGCCCGGACUCCCCAGGAUGUUUCCAAUAAGAGCGUCUAUCGGUUGACGGGAAAUGUACUUCCCGUCAAGCUCGAUCUCCCAGAUGGUGAAACCACGACGUCCAACCCGCAAACGAAAUCGCAAUCAGAUGAAGGUGUUUUGAUAUUUUUGACUCUUGUUGUUUCCAAUCUACGGACAACGGCCAAGGCCUCUGCUCGGAUCAAGGCUUGCGAUAUACUUCUAGCCUUUGCAGAAAGGUUAUCGGAUGAGGCCAAACUCGACCGUGUUCUUCCCUACAUCAUGCUUCUUCUCACUGAUAAGACCGAUUCUGUGAAGGUGGCAGCGAUUCGAACGCUGGCACAGCUUCUCGAAAUGGUCCACGAAGUCUCUCCCGUGAAUGCUUACCUGUUUUCCGAGUAUAUUUUCCCAAGGUUGCAACCUCUUGUUGUAACUUCCAAGCACAACCCUAGUCCGGUGGUUCGCUCCGCGUAUGCCUCUUGCAUCGCGUCCCUGGCGCAUUCUUCGUUGAAACUCUUGGACAUCAUCCAAGCAUUGCGCUCGGAUACUCGUCUUACCGCACUCAUUCCCGUUGGUUUCGAACCUCGUUGGACCGAAGAUGCGACAUUCCAUAACCUCUACGAUGUGGCUCGCAAUGAUCUUCUAGAAUACUUUGAGUUUCAUACCAAGGCUCUCCUGACGGACGCAGAUCCAUCGGUUCGCCGGGCAUUCCUAGGGUCCGUGUCCAGUCUCUGCGUGUUUUUCGGAAACUUGAAAUCGAAUGAGGUUAUCCUGAGCCAUCUCAAUACUUACUUGAACGAUCGGGACUGGAUUUUGAAAUGCGCUUUCUUUGAGGCGGUUGUUGGUGUCGCCGCGUACGUGGGGACUAUCAGCUUAGAGCAAUAUAUUUUACCUCUUAUGGUACAGUCCAUGACUGAGCCAGAAGAAUUUGUCGUGGAAAAGGUACUCCGGUCGCUUGCAGCCAUGGCUGAAUUGGGAUUGUUCCAAAAAACGACGACAUGGGAGCUUCUCCACGUUACUGUCGGUUUCCUAGUCCAUCCUAAUGUCUGGAUCCGUGAGGCUGCUGUGCAACUGAUUGUCAAGUCUGCCAAAUAUUUCACUAUCGCGGACAUUCAUUCCAUUUUGACGCCUCUCGUCCGCCCUUUCCUCAAGGUGAAGGUCAUCGAAUUUUCCGAGGCAGAGUUUCUUGGUGCUCUCAAGCGUCCGAUCUCAAGAAAUAUCUACGAGGUUGCUUUUCAUUGGGCUUCCAAGACUGAUAGAGGAGUUUUCUGGAAGUCAGCCAACCCAUUUGGUCUGUCGGAUGGGCAUAGCCCUCGCAUAGGACAAAGUUCUACAUUUAGCUUGAGCUCACAAAAUAAGAACGACGAAGAUGAGCAAUGGCUGUCUCGACUGCGAAACCUUGGGAUGGGCUCGGAAGAUGAGCUUAAGCUCAUUGCACUAAAGGAUUAUAUUUGGAGAGUAUCCCUGCGACAAAGCAGAGAAGCCGAGGCUGAUCCUCCCUCAUUGGGUGAAAUUAUCAGUUUGUCACAAAAUGAGGUCGCCCCUCAAACGGUAUUUUUUGACAAGCAUCUCAAUGAAAAGCCGAGAAAUGUCUCCGUAGACAGAAGUGAGACCCCUACUCCAGAGGACACGAAACCGCGAACCAUCGCCGACGCUUUACUUGACGCUUCAACGACAAUUGAGCAGUCCCCUAGCGCUCACCGCAGACACAUUCGGGCCAGGAGCAAUCUUCAUAGGGAGGUACAGCGCCCGCAUCCUAGACGCUCAGAUCAAGCCGGUACAGAGUCGUCAGCGUCAUCGCCCAUCGCAUCCUCUCCUGCCGCAGGUCCCGGGUCUCGUCCACUGUCUCCGCCAAGCUCAGACCUUGAUCGAAAUGGCGUCGAUCGCCGCCUCAGUUCUGGCCAGGAUAGCACCUCGACAACUCCUACUCAUACAGACACCCUUUCAUUGCGGGGCGUCGGGGACCGAGUUCAGAGAAAGUCCAGUGCCAUCAAUCUUCUUGGUCGCCAUGAGACCUCCAAGGCGUAUGCCGAAACCAGCACAAGCUCAGCAAACGCAUUUGGAAAAGUCGAUGCUCCAAUUCAGAGAGCAGGUAUCCCGCAACAACAAUCGGCCCUCACACAAGCUUACGAGCAAAAAAGAACACAAACCCCGUCACGGCAAUAUCAUACCAGCCAUUCUUAUACGGGAGACGACCCGGUCGUUUUGCAACUACUGGAUAAUGUUUUUGCCGAGAACUAUCCAACUGAUUUGUUCGAUCUGGGCCCGUAUGUUAAGGAGUUGGACUCUCGACUACCAAUUCGCAAGCCCGGUACGCAAGAUCCCGGAAGCAUUUGGAGACCUGAGGGAAACCUUGUAGCAACCUUUGGUGAACAUAGUGGACCGGUCAACCGCAUUGCCAUUCCCCCUGAUCACUCGUUUUUUGUCACUGCGUCCGAUGACAGCACAGUCAAAAUCUGGGACACCACUCGGCUGGAGAGGAACCUGACUCCAAGAUCGCGUCAAACAUAUCGUCACGCUCCGGGAUCCCGCGUUAAAGCGCUGACGUUUGUUGAGAAUACUUACACAUUUAUCAGUGCUGCAACCGAUGGUAGCAUUCACGCUGUCAAGGUGGACUACCAAAAGGUCCAUGAAUCUGCUCGAUAUGGAAAACUCCAGCUAGUUCGCGAAUACCAACUUCCCAUGGCCGACAACGGGACACCUGAAUAUGCGGUGUGGAUAGAACAUUUCCGGGAUGAGGGAAAAUCAACUUUGCUUGUCGCCACGAACACUUGUCGGGUCUUGGCAAUCGACAUGAAAACCAUGCUACCAAUCUUUACUUUGGAAAACCCCGUCCAUCACGGAACACCUACAACUUUUUGUUGCGACAGGCGGCACACCUGGCUCCUGGUGGGCACAACUCAUGGGAUUCUAGACCUGUGGGACCUUCGAUUCCGCGUACGCCUAAAGGCGUGGGGGCUACCAGGCUGGGGAUCGAUUCAACGGAUCCAACUUCACCCAACGAAAGCUCGCGGACGCUGGGUCUGUGUAUCCAGUAGCGGCAGCCAGGGCAACGAGAUCACUACCUGGGAUAUCGAAAAGUUCUGCUGUCGUGAAGUCUUCCAGUCGACUCCUCUCAGCACGAACGAAAGCACCUCGAACGGGACUGGACAGCGUAGCUCUAAGGGGGCCAACGCUCGACCACGCCGGUUCAACCUCCGAGGCGUGGAACCAUGGCCUGUUGACGAAGACCGACCGGAAGGUAUGUUGAGUCGCUUCGCGACCAGUCAACCUGGCCCAGUAGGCCCAGAGAGCAGCAAGGACCCUACACUUCCAUCAAACAACACCCCUGGAGAUCGACAGGGCACAUGGAUCUUUACCUCUGGUCUCAACGUCCCCGAGAAUGACAAGGGGUCCAGUAAGUGCGGGUUCAUUGUGUCCGCGGGGUGUGAUCGAAAGAUCCGCUUUUGGGACCUGGCACGUAUUGAGCACUCGAUGAUUGUGAGCGGCCUGGACAAUGUGUCUGAUGGGAAUGGGACAAGUACUCGGCCUCGAUAUGAGGUGUCUCAGCCUAUCCCCAACCUCGUGGUGACGACGGAGCAAAUCCCUUCCACUUCUAGUGGUAGCGGGGCGAGUGCGGCUGGCAAGAAGGGGGCUGGACCGCGACCCCCGCGCAGUACGGUGAUUAGCCUGCAGCAGCAAAUGCUUCUCAAGAGCCAUCUUGAUAUUAUACAGGAUGUGGCUGUGUUGCGACAGCCGUAUGGGAUGAUCGUGAGUGUGGAUCGGGCGGGAAUGAUUUAUGUCUUUAGAUGA